UGAGGAAACACUUCACUGUGGUUUUCUUGCCGCCUUCGGUUCCUUCCCGUUUCAGUCUUCGCCUUUCUCGUCGGUCGGUCUCACACACCUCAUCGACGCUUCGCCAGUGAGGAUUGGAAAUAUCUAUCUCGUCGCAGAUCAUCGAAGAAAGCCUGAUCUCGAACUAAGCAGGUAGGGUAUCUAGUGUAGGGGAGACAUUUACUUGUCCAUCUCCCACAAAGGCUCGAGUAUACCUUUGUCUCACGUCGCGAUGGAUUCGCUUACGACCCAUCCUUCGAACGCGGAGCAGGCUAGGGCCUUCACCUCUCCCGCCUCUCUGUCUUUUCCUGGGGGCGCCGGUGAUUUGACCCCGCCGUCCUCUGAAAAGGAGGGCGCCAUGGCGAUGGGCGGCCAGAGCGUGAACGGUCAGCAGCAUGGAGCGAAUGCCAUGAAUGGCAAUGGGGUGACCCCCGCGACUCCCGCUGCCACUCCUGGUGCCAACGCUCCUGGAAGCGGCAUUGUGCCUACGUUGCAAAACAUUGUCGCCACGGUCAACCUUGACUGUCGCCUGGACCUGAAGACCAUCGCUCUUCACGCAAGAAAUGCGGAGUACAACCCAAAGGUAUAACUCCGUCUCUCCCCAGAAAUUGCACUGCCAUGGGAGAAUAGUGUGACUGAACUGUUUUUUCUUUUUUCUUCCGAUUAGCGUUUCGCGGCUGUC